AUGGCUUCGAGCCAGAUGGAAACGUUCGAAGAACUCUGCGAGAAGCUCCUUGACAUGAUGCUUCUAGAGCCGGUAGACUGGGUAGCGGUUGAAGAUAACAUUCUUGCUGCUGUCAAGCAAUCAACCAACGCCGUGAAUACUUCCAAGUGUGAAAUUUUGAAUUUCGGCCCUGGAUACGGCAUGUCGGCAGCCAGAUAUACCCUCCCAGAUAACGUGAAGAUUGUAGCCGCUUCAAUCGCUGAAUCAAGCUCCUCACCACAAGACGCUUCCGGUUUGUUGUCAUCUGAUGAUAUUGCUAUCGUGGGCAUGGGUGUGGACCUUCCAGGAGCUUCCAACGCCGAUGCUCUUUGGCACAACUUGGUCAACGGCAUCAACUCUUGCACCGAGAUACCUUCUUCAAGAUUCCAUGUUGAAGAUUUUUACCAGAAGAAUGAUGCCCGUACAUUAAGAACAAAGUACGGCAACUUCCUAGAGAACCCGUUCAUGUUUGACAACGAAGUCUUUGGGAUUUCCCGUCGGGAAGCCCACUCAAUGGACCCACAACAACGAGUCAUGCUCCAAACUGCCUAUCGAGCACUUGAAGAUGCGGGUUAUGUGCCUGAUUCAACCCCAUCAUUCUCCAGGAAGACCUUCGGUUGUUUCAUCGGAAAUGCUACACUCGACUACACCGACAAUCUCAGAGACCGCAUUGAUGUCUACUACAGUCCAGGAACAUUGCGCGCUUUUCAGAGUGGACGUAUAUCCUACGUCUUCAAAUGGAGUGGGCCGUCCAUAACUUUGGAUACGGCUUGUUCGUCAUCGAUGGUAGCCAUUCAUCAAGCAGCACGAGCAAUUCAGGCCGGAGACUGCCGGGCAGCAUUGGUUGGAGGUGUUAAUGUCAUCACUAGUCCGGACAUGUAUCUUGGUCUCGAUCGAGCACAUUUCCUGAGCCCUACCGGCCAGUCUUUUGUGAUCAAGAAACUUGGGGAUGCGAUAUCAGAAGGUGACCGAAUACUCGGCGUUAUCAGGGGCACUGAGAUCAAUCAAAGCGGCAAUGCGCAUUCCAUAACGCAUCCUCAUUCACCAACGCAAGAGGAGUUGUUUCAAACGUUACUUACCAAAACUCAAGUUCAUCCUCAUCAGAUUACUGUGGUGGAAACACAUGGAACAGGCACACAAGCCGGAGACCCAAAUGAGCUUCUCAGCAUCCGCGGAGCAUUAUGCAACGGUCGAGAUCCGGCGAAUCUUCUCCAUUUUACAUCUAUCAAAGCAAACAUCGGCCACUGCGAGGCCGCUUCCGGCGACGGAUCUAUCAUUGAUCGUGACGGCGCCACUUGGCCUCAAUCUUCGAACCCGAGACACCCGCGGCUUGCUCUACUCAACAAUUUUGGUGCCGCUGGUUCAAACGGUGCUUUGAUACUGCAAGAAUAUUCCAGUCUCAAGGCUCUCCCAAAAGACGAGGAUCAGUGCCAGACCAACAGCUACUUGCUUGGGCUCUCGGCUAGGAGCCACACAAGCCUCCUUGCCCACAGGAAUGCUUUGAUCUCUUAUCUGGAGGAUCCUUCGUUGACGACUUCUCUUCGUGAUGUGGCUUAUACAAGCACGGCUCGUCGUCAGAUUUUCGAUUAUCGUAUCUCUGUUACUGGUUCCAAAAUACAGGAAAUUGUCGAUGACUUGAGAAAUGCAAAUGUUUACAACAUUCGCGAGUCGGCAAAUCCACAGCCACGUGCGGUAUUCGCAUUCUCAGGUCAAGGAUCACAGUACCUGGGAAUGGGCCGAGAGCUUUUGACUGCUUACCCUGAAUUCGAGAAAGUCGUCAAAGACUGCGAACAAUGGCUAUUGAGCAAUGAUUAUCCGGGGUGUCUCAAUAUUAUUGCAUGCAAAGACGACCAAGAACGGGAAUCUCAGUCAACUUCCCUACUCAAUCAAUCUCUUCAAAUAUCCAUCUUUGUCUUGGAGGUAGCACUGGCGCGAGUCCUUAUCUCUCUUGGGAUCAUUCCAACCAUUGUACUUGGUCACAGCCUAGGAGAGUACGCUGCCCUCGUCAUUGCUGGUGUAAUUGAUCUACAGAGUGGUCUGAAGCUGAACUACGUCGAUGCUCGCGGUCAAUCUCAGUGCAGAGACCUCAGACCGAUUGCGUUGUUGGGGGGGCCAAUCGGACAGCUUCAGACACUGAAAGCAAGACUCAGUGAGAUGAAGACGCGGUCGAAGAUUCUCGACGUUCCAAUGGCCUAUCAUACAAGCGCCAUGGAGCCCAUAUUGGAUCAAUUGACAGAAGUCGCCAAGACACUCGAAAUCUCAAGUCCGAAAAUCCCUGUUCUAUCCAACGUGUUUGGCCGCCUUAUCCGACCUGGCGAAGAAGCUUUCACUUUUGAGUAUUUUGCUCUGCAUUGUCGCCAGAAAGUUGCUUUCAACGCAGGCAUUCAUGAGCUCUCUCGCUGUGAAAUGGGGGCAGAAAUGUCCCGAUGGAUAGAAAUCGGACCUCAUCCAUCGUUGCUGCCAAUGACCACUACUGCGUUGAAAUGGCGAAACGCUUUCGAUGAGCGAGCGACUUUGAUCACUCUACCGGUGAUGCCGUUCUCAGAGCAAGAAUUUGGCAGUUACUAUCCACAUGAGAGUACACAAAUCGACAAGAAUGAGUGCGAUCAAAACAAUGAUUCUGAAACUUCGUUCACCUUCCUGUCAAGGAUUAUUCAACGUCCGUCAGACACGAAUACCGAGGCCAUCUUUGAGACACCAAUUGCGGUCUUCAAGGAAUACAUUAUCGGUCAUCGUGUCUGCGAUCAUGCUCUCUGUCCUGCGUCAGUAUACCAUGAGAUUGUUCUAGCUGCUUCGAAGUGGACACAGCUCCAUGAAGGUGAAGGAUUCAUUAGGACGCUUUCGAAUUUGCGAUAUCUAGCACCUUUACUAUACACGGAAGACUCUUCCAUGAUGGUUAGGGUUUCCAUCAAGCCUAGCAAUGGCCAUAAGGCGGAUUAUUGGUUUAGUGUGGCCUCAUACAACGCAGACUCGGAUCAGCAGCAGCAAGUGAUUCAUUGUCAGGGACAGCUGAAGACGCGGUCUGCUGCUCAUGCUCAGAAGUAUGCGAAACUAGUGCCGCUUAUGCAACGGCAGAAGGAACGUUUUCUGCACACAGGCCAACCCAACACCCAGGUAUUUCUCCGAAAAUCCAUGUAUGAAAAGGUUUUCACGCGAGUUGUCACGUACUCCGAAUUGUUCCAGAUGGUUCAGUCAUUACGCAUCGACCAAGAUGAAGCACUUGCAGUUUGUCGUUUCCCAGACCUGCAAGGAGAGACAUCAAGGGCGAACACGGUCCUCAUGGACGCCCUCCUUCAUGUUGCUGGUUUCGUUGCCAAUCUCAAUAUUGGGAAUGCAGAGGUUUGCAUCUGCAAGGAGGUCAAAUCUGCUACCAUGACUCGAGAAUUCCCCUUCUCGGAUGCGACGUUCGAAGUCUAUUGCAGCAAUGUCGAAAUCGCAGCCCAAAACGUGAUCCUAGCAGAUGCAUAUGCUGUGGACUCACAAGGCGUGAUUGCUGUCUUCAAGGGAAUGGCCUUCCAGCGAGUAAGAUUAACGAGAAUGGCUCAAUCUCUCCGGUUGACAGCUGCGAGAUCUAGUCACUCACAUCAAUCUGUUCCAACAGAGAAAGUGAAACUGGUGCCCCCAAAGACCUCGGUUGCUGACUUGAAGCUUCCGGACUCUCCUGUUGACAGGCGACCAGCGAUCAGGGAGAUCAUCGCUACAACUUGCAAUCUAGAAGCAUCAAACUUAGCUGCCGACACGAGUCUCCAAGCCAUCGGCUUUGACUCGCUCAUGAUAAUUGAACUUUCUUCCAACCUGUCUGCGAAGCUUCAUAUCGCAAUUGAUAUAUCCGCCCUGGAAGACUGUGAGACUGUUGAGGAUAUUGAGCAGCUGUGCAGCGAUGUCGGCCGAUUAGGACCCACACCUGCCUCGGAAGCAGAGACUGUUGAGUCUGUCACUAUGCCAACGACACCGGCAACGCCUCCAGAUGAGCCACGUAUUGCGUCAAUAAUCGCUGAAACAUGUGGUGCUCAUAUCACCUCAGUCAAGUCAGAUGUCGAGCUCGAGGCUCUGGGCAUUGAUUCACUGAUGAUGAUCGAGCUGGAAGCCCGUCUGCAAAGUCUAUUGAACACCAAGAAACUUUCGUCUUUGGAACUCUCGGAAUGCAGAACAGUGAGAGACGUUGAGAAAUUAGCCAAUCUUGAUGACGUAGAACCAGCCCAGCUUGAAGUUGAAACUCGUUCUCAUUCAUCAUCUCAAGUCCAUGAUGGUACAAGACCUCCAGUACUAGGUGGCGGAAAGGAAGAAGUCUCUGCAUCAAUGGAUUCGAAAAUUGCAACCAUACUCAAGUUGCAUGAGCAACCGGAAUUAGUGCAUCUUGCUCAGGACAAGACCUCUGAAAGCGCCCAGCUUUUUCUCGUUCAUGACGGCAGCGGCAUCUGUGUUCAAUACCACCGACUCAAACCCUUCAAUCGUACGGUCUAUGCAAUCCACGACCCCAAAUUUAUGGAUCCAGAUACUUGGUCGGGAAUUCCUGCCAUGGCACAAUCCUACGCAAGACUUAUUGAAAGGACAACCUCCGGCCCUUACAUUCUCGGUGGCUGGUCUUUUGGCGGUGUUGUUGCAUUUGAGGCUGCUAAAGUGCUCAUGGCAGGAGGCCACGACGUCACUGGUGUUGUUCUCAUCGAUUCACCGCCGCCACUCAAUCACAAGCCGCUCUCUGCAAACAUCAUAGAUGCCGUCACAAAAGAUGAUAGAAAUAGAGGUGGCUUGGUCGGUGAAACAAUUCGAAGCCUUGUCAGGAAAAGUUUCACAGCCUGUGCGGGUAUGCUUGGGACUUUCAAACCACAGGCUACGACAAGUGCCAGUCGACCAAUUCCACGAAUCUUCUUGCUCCGAUCAAAGGAAGGUUUUCGUCUAGAUACGGGUAAUGGUAGUGGUGGGGUGGAGAACAUUUGGUUGCAAGAUCGCUCUGAACCCAAGACUUCCAUUGAGGGAUGGGAGACUCUUACGAAGGCAAAGGUGCCCUAUGUUGAUAUCCCAGGCGACCAUUUCCAGGUGUUCGACGUUGCGAAUGUACACGCUGUAUCAAAAGCUAUCGCCCAUGCGUGCAGUGAAUUAGCGAAGGACUUCUAA